UCACGUGUCCUUAUGACUCGUAUCGCCGCAGAUAAACCACAAAAAACACUCCCACUGUCCAUUCCCCAGAAAACUCCGCCUUCUUCGCCUCCGAAACCAAAAUGGCUUGUUUGGCUACUUUCUGCUCUUAUGCUCUACACAGCCCAAAACCACCACAGCCAAAAUCUCUACGUAACACCUAUUCACAUAAUGGUCUAUCUCUCGAAAGACGCAAACCCAAGCUGUCGGGCUCAACAGUACUAGAGUCUAGAAUGCCGUUGAAACCGGUGUCAGCUUCUCUUCAUUUCGGGACCUUCUACAGCAAGAAGAAGAAAAUAUCCCCUGAUGGUGUUCAGGAAGAGGAGUUACUAUUUGAAACUCAUUUUGAUGCCUCUGCCCCUCUCCCUCCACUCACCAUUCCUACAAAACCAUCAGAAUCCGUCCAAUAUCCGCAAGAGUUUCUAUCACGUGUCAUGGCCAUGGCAGCUGCUGUCUUAAAAAUAACUGAUUUGCUUAAAAAUAGUAUUGGUAGUGGCGGCGGCGGAGGCGGCGGCGGCGAAAAGAACGUGGACGGUGACGGAGCUGAUGCGGACUCACCACCACCGCGUGCCCCAAGUCUUGGUUUUCUCAUCCGCUUUGCAAGCAGUGAGAAGAUCUCCUUAUCUGGUUAUGUAAAAGAUACACAAUUUGAAUUGCAUGGCAACGUCUCUGCUUUUCUUUUCGAUGCAUCAAAAUUCCUUAAAUUGGUCUUCUUCAAUCCUGUGGUUGUGCAAGCGAUCAUAGCUACUAUUACUAAAAUUCGUGGAGGUGACGGUGGUGGCCAUGGCAGAAGGAGCUCAGUUGGUGCUGCUGAAAGGUCUGAUUGUGUGAUUGAUUUUCCUUUAACAGUCAUGCAUCCGAGGGAAAAGCUUCUGACCUCUCUUGAUCUUGAGACCGUCGUUUUCAAGAAGGAGAAGAUCAUUCUCGAUGGCCAUGACAAGGCACUGGAAGCAGCGGAUAAUGGUGCUCCUACCAGCCACGACCUCCUUGGAACUUCCUAUCGGACCCAGUUCAAGGAGCCAUCGAAGUCUGUGCUCAAAUGAAACCUACCGCCAGCAUUUCAGCUCCACCAGAUGCUAGCCUGGUGUGACCUAAACGAUGACAGUCUAGCGAUUGAUACCUUAAAACUGCUUGUUUGAUGUUGUAUUGGAAACUUCUGCUGUCCUAUUUUCCUUGUCUUCUUGUCAUUCUGAAACUUUUGUUCCACAAACAAAAAUAUAUUUGUAUUUUCUGGGCUAUUUGGACCCCACA